GAGGGAGCUGACCAAUGGGAGGGAGGGUUGCUGCGGGGUCUGAGAGCGGCGGUUCAUUGUCGGGAGCGGCGGAGACAUGAGGGGUGACCGAGGCCGCGGCCGCGGCGGCCGCUUCGGAUCCAGGUUCCGGCCCUUUGUGCCCCACAUCCCCUUUGACUUCUAUGUCUGUGAGAUGGCCUUUCCUCGUGUCAAACCUGCAGCUGAUGAGACAGCCUUCAGUGAGGCCCUGCUCAAGAGGAAUCAGGACCUGGCUCCCACCGCUGCCGAGCAGGCUUCCAUCCUGUCCCUGGUGACCAAGAUCAACAAUGUCAUCGACAACUUAAUCGUGGCACCCGGAACCUUUGAAGUGCAAAUUGAGGAGGUUCGCCAGGUGGGCUCCUACAAGAAGGGCACGAUGACCACGGGGCACAACGUGGCGGAUCUGGUGGUGAUCCUGAAGAUCCUGCCCACCUUGGAAGCCGUGGCAGCCUUGGGGAACAAGGUGGUGGAGAGCCUGAGGGCGCAGGACCCCAGCGAAGUGCUGACCAUGCUGACCAACGAGACGGGCUUUGAGAUCAGCUCAGCUGACGCCACGGUGAAGAUCCUCAUCACCACCGUGCCACCCAACCUGCGCAAGCUGGACCCGGAGCUGCACCUGGACAUCAAGGUGCUGCAGAGCGCCCUGGCCGCCAUCCGGCACGCGCGGUGGUUCGAGGAGAACGCCUCGCAGUCCACGGUGAAGGUCCUGAUCCGGCUGCUCAAGGACCUGAGGAUCCGCUUCCCCGGCUUUGAGCCGCUCACGCCGUGGAUCCUGGACCUGCUGGGGCAUUACGCCGUGAUGAACAACCCCACCCGGCAGCCCCUGGCUCUCAACAUCGCCUACAGGCGCUGCCUCCAGAUCCUGGCGGCCGGGCUCUUCCUGCCCGGAUCCGUGGGCAUCACGGAUCCCUGCGAGAGCGGCAACUUCCGGGUGCACACGGUGAUGACGCUGGAACAGCAGGACAUGGUGUGUUACACGGCCCAGACCCUCGUCCGCAUCCUGUCCCACGGGGGCUACCGGAAAAUCCUGGGACAGGAGGGAGACGCCAGCUACCUGGCGUCCGAGAUGUCCACGUGGGACGGGGUGAUCGUGACACCCUCGGAGAAGGCGUACGAGAAACCCCCAGAGAAGAAGGAAGGGGAGGAGGAAGAGGAAAACCAGGAAGAGCCAGCAGCGGGAGAGGAGGAGGAGAGCAUGGAGACCCAGGAGUGAGGGCACAGGGACACCUGGGGCAGGAGAGGGCCCCUGACUUGGCUCUGUCCGUGUUUUAUAAGUGUUAAAUGUAACACAUUAAAGUGUUCCCCCUUUCCAGUGA